AUGAAGUCGGUGGCUUCACACUUUCUUAACAUGCCCCACACACGAGAAGAGGCGGUGGACGCAGCAAGCAAUGGCUGCAAACAGAUGGUAACCAGCGUCUCAUGCAACAUGAAGAUUGCUGCUGUCUCCGAUGAUGUUACACGCACAGCGUGUAACCCACCCCACUCUAGCUCAGUCUCCGCUCCACGUCCUGUAUUUAUUAGACCACUGCUUCGUUCCCCGCGUGUCGGUGAGACGGUGGUGCUUCUGGAUGGAGUUCCCUGUGGCGCUGUGUGCUUUAGUGGGCGUGUGGUGCGCUGUGAGGGGCCUCAGCGCAACGGCAGUGCCUCAGCUCUGCGGCCUUACACCGCCUUAUUGAUUUCCGAUACCACGGGGAUAAUCUCGGUGAUGCAUCUUCACAGAACACGGUCAGAAGCUACUGCUGGCGCAGCUUUAGCGGAUGACGCCUCUUUUUUAACCGGAGAUGCUGCUGAAGUGGCGGGAAGUGCAGACGAUGAGAGUGUUUGCGAGAACGACUAUGUCUUUGUGGUUGGAUGGCUUGCAUUCGCGGAUGUCUCGAAGGAGGUUCGACAUCUUUUGCAAGGAGCCGUUGAUUUUGUCACGGGCGGAGACGGGACAAAGGCCGAUGGCAACUGUUUCUGCGUGCGAGGAGCCGUUCGUCUCAUUUAUGACAUGAACGAAAUUCAUUUUUGGGCUCUUGCCGCUUUGGAGUCCCACGUGCGGCUGUUACGCAAGGCGGAAGGCCCGCCGCGGAUGUUGCCCACAACCAAAAAAGACGCAUGA